AUGGCCCACUCUGGACCGUUCCGAUGCCAGUGCGGCCAGAUACACGCCGACCAGUACGACGGGCCGACCAACGACCUUCUGCCGUACAUCGACACGGCCGGCGUGAGCGCGCUCAACGAGUCGGAGGCGGGCGCGUGCAGGCGCAUCUUCCGGCCGUUUGACCAGAGGCUGCAGCGCGACGCGUGGCUGCAGUCGGAGGACGAUGACCCGCAGCUGCUCAUCACGAUCCCGUUCACGUCUCCAGUCAAGAUCCAGUCCCUGACGGUGAUCGGCGGGGCGGACGGCAGCGCACCGCGCGAACUGCGCGCAUACAUCAACCAGGAGGCGCUCGACUUUGACGACGCGGACCGGAUGAUGGCGGUGCAGACCUGGCAGCUGCAGGAGGGCGACGCGGAGGGGCGGAUAGAGUACCCGACGCAGUUCUCGCGCUUUCAGAACGUGUCGAGGCUCCACUUG